GAGGAAAUUUUUUUUUCUUCAAUUUCCAUUCAACUGUUUAUUGUUCCAAUUCAUCUUUGUGUAUACUAUCCGAAUGUUUUACUGAAAAAUUUGAUUUUUGUUUUUGUUUGUUUGUUGUACUGUGUUUAAUUGAUAAUUAUUUGGUGCCUAAUGAACCUUUGAAAUCUUCAGCAGAAAAUAUAAGAAAGUGAAUAAAAAUGUUUGAUAAUUGGUGCCGUUCAUGUACGGGUGAAUCGUUGGAAAUAUCCCAAGAGAUGGCCGAACAGAAUGGCGGUGAUUCAACCUUAAUUGACAAUGACACCGAUGUUUCUACGGCCAUGAUGUUACAUUCACAACAAUCCACCAAUGAUGAUUCGAUCAUUGUCGAAUUCAAUAAUGAAAAAUUUGAUUCAAAUAAUCAUGGAAUGAUAAAGAAGAAAAAAACAACGAAAAAUGAUAAUUUACAGAUAAAAAUGAAACAGGCUAAACUUGGCCAAGAGAAAAAACAAUAUGCAAGGACGGCUGCAUUCAUUGUAACCAGCUCAAUUUAUGGCCAAUUAUUGGUUGUCAUAUGCAUCGCAUUAUUCACCGCCAAAAUUGUUUCACCAGUUCUUCCAUUAUGGUAUUUUGAGGCAUUCUACUUAUAUCUGUACGCGUUUAGCCUAUUGUUCCUGUUUUACGUUUAUAUCUAUUUGCUCAAUGAUGUUCCUAAAUUGGAUACUUUUCACAUCAAACACUAUGAAGGAAAAAAUCAUAAAAUCGGUGAAACCGAUCGUUCCCAUGCAUCGAUUUUUCUUCGUAUCGGAAGCAUUGUAUUUGGUCUUGGCGUUAUGAUUUAUAAUGGACUUGAAUUCGGUGCAUAUUUUGAAAUAUCACCCGAUUCUUCUUGCCAUUCGAUUUUAUUAGGAGUGAAUCCAAUCCUACAGGCAGCUUUUACAUUUUCACAAAUGUAUUUUAUAUUCACAUAUUCGCGUUUGAUGAUUAAUAAAUUCAAAUUGAUUGCCCGCAUCGGUCUAAUGCAUUUGGUUGCUACAAAUAUAUGUGUUUGGAUUCGUACGUUAGGCAAAGAAGCAUUACAUGAAUUAAAAAGUAAUUCAUCAAAUGUUUUUACCAAACCUGAUUCAUCAUUAUUUUUGAAUGAUUAUGCAGCAAAUACGAAAUCAAACGUUAUGUCGUCAAGUGUUGGUAAUAAUACAAUCAAUCAAAUUAGCCAUACAAUCAAUUCUACAUAUUUUCAAUGCCAAAAUGAAAAUGUUAUGGGUUCGAUUCUAUUGAAUGCAAGUCCUUAUCUGUAUCCGUUCAUCGUUGAAUAUUCGUUAAUUGCGGCUGCUUUUCUUUAUAUAAUGUGGUCAUCGAUCGGCAAGAAAUUUAUGUUGUCAUAUGAAGCCGAUAUGACUGAUUCAUCAACAUCAUGUCAACAUCAUCAUCAUCAUCAUCAUUCACAUCAACAUCAUCAUCAUAAUCAAAUGCAAAUAGACGAUUUAAGUUCAUCAUCUCGAACAUCUAGCUAUCAGAAUCUAUCCGCAUUAUAUAGCUGUCUUGGAUCAAGUAAAGGGUUAUUCACUGGCUUUUUGUUUCUGGCCAUUUCAGUAACUUCGCUCAUCAUAUUUUUUGUAUUGGUACAUCAUCCAAAUUAUAACCUGAUGGCAUCAUUGUUGAGCGAUAUUUCACAUUCGAUUCUUUUGAUCCUAAGUAGCUUUGCUAUUUUGAUUGGCUUUUUCAAGAUGCGUAAUUUAAAAUUCUUGCCUGCAAUGAGAGAUACGGCUGAUGGAGGUUUACGUGACUUGCUGUUAAGAAUCGCUGCAUUUGGCCUUUAUGCCUAUUCACUAUUCGGAGUAAUUGCCAGUUCAUUUGAAUUGAACUCACUUCAACACAUUACCGUUUUGAUAACAAGCAUUUUGACUAUCGUUCAGGUGACAUUACAAACUUUGUUCAUUUCCGAUGUUGUUUGCCGAAAACGUACUGGCCAAAAGCAAUCUGGCCGACAACUAAUUACAUUUUUGCUCAUUACCAAUCUAACGCUUUGGAUCGUUUAUACAUUUGUUAUGCAAAAGUUGGAAGCAUCACCAAUUCAAUUGAAAGUAUUUGGAUUCACAACAUGGACACUUAUUUUACGUAUUACAUUGCCGCUCUCAAUAUUUUAUCGAUUCCAUUCUGCUAUUACAUUUGCUGAAGUAUGGAAAAAUUCAUACAAAACUUCCACAUCAUCAUCAGUUUCAUCAUCAUCUACAAAUUGAAAAAAACGAAGAUCUCAAAAAAAAAUUCGAUUCAAA